AUGUACAACACGCACUCUGAUAUCUGGAUCGCCGGCGCAUUUGCUGCAGUCGUCGUCGACUUUGUCGUCUAUCCAUUCGAUACCCUGAAAACUCGCAUCCAAUCGCCAAACUACGAGAAAGUAUUCAAAGAUGCGCGUACAGGCGCUAUACGACGCGAUGUUCUCUUUCGAGGACUAUACCAAGGCGUCUGGAGCGUGGUAUUUUCCACAAUACCAUCAUCCGGCGCAUUCUUCACAACUUACGAAGCCGUGAAAAGCACACUCCACGACUCAUCGACAAGAAAGAUUUCCCCCGAAAAUUCAAACUACUUCACCCAAGGCUCGAAUGCGAGUAUAAAAUUACCAUUCACCCAUUCCCUACCAACACCAAUAAUCCACGCCAUCGCCUCCUCAACCGCUGAAAUGGUCUCGUGCCUCAUGCUCACCCCAGCCGAAGUCUUGAAACAGAACGCGCAAAUGGUCCAGAGCUCUCAAGAAAGUCACAAAAGAAGCAACGUCACAGCCAUGCGUCAAGUUCUCUCUCGAUUCAAGGCACGCCCCUGGCGUCUGUGGAGUGGUUACACUGCGCUAGUCGGCCGGAAUCUUCCAUUUACAGGAUUGCAAUUCCCUCUCUUCGAGUAUGUCCGUAUAAACGUAAUCAGUUGGCGAAGACAGCGAAAGGAGAGGCAUGCCAAACGAGGCGAGAGUAAGUCAUAUUCCGAGACGAUGGAUCAGUUGGCUGAGCGGGCUGGGUUAACGGGUCUUUCGGCCUCGGUUGCUGGUCUUGUUUCUUCGACCGUGACGACGCCGAUUGAUGUUAUCAAGACCAGGGUUAUGUUGUCUGCUACAGAGGAAUGUGGACCUCCUUUUGAUAAGGGUAAGGUCGAAACAAGGGCAGGUGUGUUGACGGGGAAGAAGGGAACUUUCGAAGCGAGUAGAGAGAUCUGGAGGAUGGAAGGUGUGAGAGGUCUAUUCAAGGGUGGUGCUAUACGAGCUGGCUGGACGGCACUUGCGAUGAGCUUGUAUCUGAGUCUGUAUGAAGGUGGGCGGUUUUAUUUGGAGAAUCGACGGAAAGCAUUGGAUGGCGUUUGA